GUCAGAAUAUAAAAUCCCCAAAUGUUUUUUACUAGCAUCAUUGACAUUAACUUGUCACACUGCUUUUAAGGGGCAUUUUUUAACUGAAUUUUUACCAAUAAUACGUGUGGAAUAGUUUUGACAUUGAAUGAAAAGAUAAAUCAUAUCAGACAUCAGACAUGCCAGAGAUUUUUUUGUUUGAAUCCAAGAGUGAACCAUGAUGGAUCCUUUACAAAGUGAAGUUAAAUGCUUUCUACCAGAUUAUUUUCAACAAUUAGAUCACUUAAAGUAAUGGAGUUGAAAGAAGUCGUAAAAAAGUUAAAUCAAUUCGCCCCAACUUCACUGGCAGAGAAAUGGGACAAUGUUGGACUAUUAAUAGAGCCAUCUUCACCAUUACAAGUGAAGACAAUCAUGCUGACUAAUGAUUUAACCCCUCCUGUAAUGGAUGAAGCUGUUGCCAAGGGAACCAAUUUAAUCAUUUCAUAUCAUCCACCAAUAUUUACUGGGAUGAAAUGUAUCACUCAGAAAUCAUGGAAGGAGAGAAUCGUGACAAAAUGUUUGGAGAAUAGAAUAGGAGUUUUCUCCCCUCAUACAAGCUAUGAUUGUGUUGAAAACGGAGUAAAUGAUUGGUUAAUCAAUGCAUUUGAUGUUACUGAUGUCAGACCAAUACAGAAUGCAAUGGAACUUCGCAGUAACAUGUCAAAUAGUAUAAGUUGCUGUGUACCAAGAACUCAGUGUGACAAAUUGAAGGAAGAUUUGUCUGGCAUUCCUCAUAUAAGGUUACCUCCCCUUUCUGCUGAAACAGAUGACUUAAUGAUAACAGUUGCUUGUUCACAGAACAAUGUUAGUAAAGUGGUUAAUGUUAUGAACAAGUAUACAGCACAGUUCAUAGAGGUUAAACAGAUGUCAAAGGUACCUAAAGCUGGAUAUGGUAUGGGAAGAAUAGGGAAACUAAAGAACAAAUUAACAGUAGACGAAGCAAUACAGAAAGUCAAGUCAUACCUAGUUCUAGAUUCUAUUAGGAUAGCUAAAUCUCCAGAUACAAACACCUUAGAGACUGUGGCAGUUUGUGCUGGGUCAGGAGGAAGCUUGUUAAAGGAUGUACAUGCAUCAUUAUAUUUGACAGGUGAAAUGUCCCACCAUGACGUACUUCAUGUUGUAUACAGUGGGUCAAAUGUCAUAUUAUGUGACCAUAGCAACUCUGAACGAGGAUUUUUAAAACAUUUGAAAAAGAUGCUAGAAUCUCAACUUCCUGGAGUAGACAUAUUUGUUUCUGCUGUUGACAAAGAUCCACUAGAAAUUGUUUGAUUUACCGUACAAUAAAACAUAACUUUAUGUAUA